CCCCCCCCCCGGCGAUGGAGGGCGGACGACGACGCUAAGAUGAAUCCCGAACCCCACGGCAGCCAGCACAACGCGUCGGCACCCGCGCGCUGGGCGGCCCUGGAGCGCGCCAACUUCACCGGGCCCGCGCCGGCCCCGGGCAACGCCAGCCUGCCCCAGCUGGACGUCCCCCGGGCCAUCUCGGUGGGCCUGGUGCUGGGCGCCUUCAUCCUCUUCGCCAUCGUGGGCAACAUCCUGGUGAUCCUCUCGGUGGCCUGCAACCGGCACCUGCGCACGCCCACCAACUACUUCAUCGUCAACCUGGCCAUCGCCGACCUGCUGCUGAGCUUCACCGUGCUGCCCUUCUCCGCCGCGCUCGAGGUGCUGGGCUACUGGGUGCUGGGCCGCGUCCUCUGCGACAUCUGGGCGGCCGUGGACGUGCUGUGUUGCACGGCCUCCAUCCUGAGCCUCUGCGCCAUCUCCAUCGACCGCUACAUCGGCGUGCGCUACUCCCUGCGCUACCCCACCAUGGUCACCCGCCGCAAGGCCAUCCUGGCGCUCCUCAGCAUCUGGGUCCUGUCCACCGUCAUCUCCAUCGGGCCCCUCCUGGGCUGGAAGGAGCCGGCCCCCAACGACGACAAGGAGUGCGGGGUCACCGAAGAACCCUUCUACGCGCUCUUCUCCUCCCUGGGCUCCUUCUACAUCCCGCUGGCCGUCAUCUUGGUCAUGUACUGCCGCGUCUACGUCGUGGCCAAGAGGACCACCAAGAACCUGGAGGCGGGAGUCAUGAAGGAGAUGUCCAACUCCAAGGAGCUGACCCUCAGGAUCCACUCCAAGAACUUUCACGAGGACGCCCUGAGCAGCACCAAGGCCAAGGGCCACAACCCCAGGAGUUCCAUAGCCGUCAAACUCUUUAAGUUCUCCAGGGAAAAGAAGGCGGCUAAGACCCUGGGCAUCGUGGUGGGCAUGUUCAUCCUGUGCUGGCUCCCCUUCUUCAUCGCCCUCCCGCUUGGCUCCCUGUUCUCGGCGCUGAAGCCCCCCCGACGCCGUGUUCAAGGUGGUCUUCUGGCUGGGCUACUUCAACAGCUGCCUCAACCCCGUCAUCUACCCGUGCUCCAGCAAGGAGUUCAAGCGCGCCUUUCCUGCGCCUGCUGGGCUGCCGCCGCCGCCGCCGCCGCCGCCGCCUGGGCCCCGACGGCCCGUGGACGCUGGAGCGCUCGACGCGCCGGGACUCGCUCGACGACGGCGGCAGCUGCCUGAGCGGCAGCCAGCGGACGCUGCCGUCCGCCUCGCCCAGCCCGGGCCGCGCGCGCGCCCCGCCGCC